AUGGUCGGUAAGCAAGAGGAUGGCGGAACGGUAACGACUGGCACCAGCGCAUCAGCCUGCACCACCGCCAUCUCAUCAAGCACGACGAACGACCUCCUCGACACACGACGAUGCAGUGCUGCUCUGCCGCCACCGGACGAACAACAACCCGGACCAUCCACACCUGUCAUUUCCACUAAAGACGAAGUUAUCGUUGAAACUAGCGAUGGAGGUUUGUUUCUACUCAGUCGCUGCCGACUUGCGGCUGAGUCGCACUUCUUCCGUGCUUUGUUUCACGGCACAUAUUUAGAAUCAAAAUCAAGCCGAGUAAGAACCGCCGUUCUCAAUUUAAAAACGCUGGUGAGCUCCGAUUUAAUCGUUGAAGUUGGCGAGGCAUUUCCUGCUCAGGUGAAGCUUUAG